CUAAGGAUCUCCAGUUUCCUUAACGGUCUGAUAUUAUGCUGAUCUUCGAUCGCGAACUGGGGAAUUUUGAACGACUACCAUUAGUCUUUAUUUGUUUUGUCGUACUUAUUUCAUAAAAGAUUAGUUUUUUCGUGGAAGAUUGACGCCUGGGACAAAAAGACGGCGGCCAGGUCUCUGGAUGGUUAUUCCAGACUUUACGGAUUUUAAUAGCGCAUUUCGGGAAAGCAGACACCCAAGACUGUUUUUGGGUUGUCCUCCUGCAAUCAAUUUGAAGCUUCUGCUCCAAUUUAUACCCAUGAUGAAGGCUAGUCGUCCGCCUACAAAGAAAACCAUUUUAACGGGAACGACGGGAACUUCGUUGAAAACAGCGAGAGGGCUGGAAAUCUCCUCGAGCUCAAAGCCUACUUCAGCCAGCAAUGGCGAUGCCAUCGACAGGAUUACGCUGAAAGAAUUCGCGAAAAGAAGGAUUAAUCGUAUCGAAAACUAUUCAAAAAUCGAGAAGAUUGGCGAAGGUACAUACGGAGUUGUUUACAAGGGACGGGACAGAUCCACCAACGCUUUCGUCGCCUUGAAGAAAGUACGCAUCAACGAUGAUCAGGGCAUUCCAGCCACAACUCUCCGCGAAGUCUGUGCUCUUAAGGAACUCGAGCACAAGCGCAUCGUCAGACUCAUCGAAUCGCUUAUGGAAGUCGGCAAAUUGUAUCUAGUGUUCGAGUAUAUCGAUUUUGACAUGAGACGUUACAUGGAUACGGUUGCAGAAGGAGAUAAAAUUCCCCGGGAUUUGAUUAAGAGUUUCAUGUACCAGAUUUUGGAUGGCAUUAACUUCUGUCACGCGCGUCGUAUUAUCCAUCGUGAUUUAAAGCCGCAGAAUAUUCUUGUGGCCAAGGACGGGGGCAUUAAGAUUGCGGAUUUCGGGCUGGCUCGAGCGUUUUCUGUGCCGAUGCGCAGUGUAACCCACGAAAUUGUGACGUUAUGGUAUCGCUCGCCGGAAGUACUGUUGGGGACGUGCGAAAGUUUAUACGGCCUGGGUGUUGAUACAUGGAGCAUUGGUUGCAUCUUCGCGGAGCUGUGGACACUGAACCCUUUGUUUGAAGGCGAUUCGGAAAUCGACCAGUGUUUCAAAAUCUUUAGCAUAUUGUCAACUCCUAAUGAGGAUAUUUGGCCUGGAGUUACGGAAUUACCAAAUUGGACUGACACAUUUCCGCGCUGGUCGGCGUACACUCUCCAUGAACAUGUGGAUGAUAUGCGCGACGUGGACGAGGAUGCAUAUGAUUUGCUGAAGCGUUGUUUUUUCUUUAAUCCUUCGGAUCGAGUUUUCGCUGUCGAGGCAUUGGUGCACCCGUAUUUUGAAGAUUUCGACAAAGACACAAUUCCCGCUUUGCCGCUGGCCACCGGAUUACCGUAAAAUUUUUUUGGAAAAGAUGCGCUUCGUACAGUUAUUGCUGCAUUGUUUUGUUACAUUUACGGCAGUUUCAAGGUAUGCAUAUUUGUCCGUUUUGGGUUUAAAAAUACCUGUUAACAAAUCUCUUUUGAAUUGACGUUGGAUUGAUCGAGGGGAUUAUUUUGAAAGAAUCUGUAAAAGUUGAAUUAUGCUUGUGUGGAUAUGAUAAAUCGCGUAAUUGUCUCAGUUUUUAAUUUGAAAACUCUGAAUUGAUCGUUCCCGGAAAUGUAUGCAUAAAGCAAUAAAUGCUGUGGAACGC